AUGGAUAUGAAUCAUUUGAUCGGUCAGCGUUUCAUCCUCAUCUCAAAGAGCGAUGUUCGUUAUGUUGGAACCCUUCACGAGAUCAACCCGGAAGCGUCCACAAUUGCCUUGGAAAAUGUGAUGUCCUAUGGCACAGAGGGGCGACGGGGAAACCCUGCCCUUGAGAUUGCUGGCUCUUCCAGCAUCUACGAAUAUAUUGUCUUCCGAGGCAGUGAUGUGAAGGAUAUCAGCGUCGAGGGAAAGAAAGAACCCGCACAGCCUGAACCUCACCGGAUUCCGGAUGACCCCGCCAUCCUCGGAGACCCGCGCAGCAACAACAGGGUGGUCCCCAAAACCCCCAGGGUUAUCCUCAGCAACCUCCGUUCCAGGGUGGCAUGUACCCUGGUUACGGACAGCGCUUUGGACCCCCUCCGCCGUUCCCCCCCAGGCCCGGGCUUUCCACCUUACGGCGCACCCAAUGGUGCGCCCCCGGGAUGGUUCCCUGGCCAAGGAUACCCUCAGGGCCCUGGCUUCCCUCCCCACAUCCCAGGAUAUCCUGGACCACCCCACCAGCAGCGCCCUGGCCCCCCUGCAGUAGGCCCCAAUCCCACAUCUGAACUUCCCGGUGAUAAGGUCGCUACAAAGUCUACCCCUCCCGUGGCUCAGAACGCACCUACACCUCCAGUUGAGUCAAAGCCAUCUGUAGCUGAAGCUCUGGGUCCGGCCGCAGCUCAUGGUGGUAGCUUUAAGCCCUCUACCCCUCUAGUUGGCCCAAAGCCUGUUGCCCCGACUGGCCCUGUGGGUGCUAACCAGGCUUUCACUGACGCUACUUCUGCUGCCACUCGUGCUGUUGCCGAGGCCAUGGCCAAGUUGCCUCCACAGCGCCAGCACGAUGCUUCAGUCGAUGGUGUUACGCGCAAGAUGAACGAAAUGCGUCCUUACAAUGACAAUCGUGCCCCCCGUGGUGGUCAUCAGCAUCCUCGCGGUGGACGGGGUGGCGCUCGUCCUCCCAAAUCGAUCGAAGUCCCCACAUCUGAUUAUGACUUCCAGACUGCGAACGCUAAGUUCAACAAGCAAGACCUCGUCAAGGAGGCUAUCGCCAGCGGAGCUCCUGCUGUGGAAGCGGAAGCUCACACUCUUCAUGGAGAUCCUGACGAGGAGGAGGAUAGCUCGGCUGCUCUUUACAACCGAAGCAGUUCAUUCUUCGACAACAUUUCCAGUGAAGCCCGUGAUCGCGAAGAGAAUCGUCCUGGCGGUCGCGAGUGGCGCGGUGUUGAGGAAAAACGUAACAUCGAAACCUUUGGCCAAGGUAGCGUUGAUGGCUAUCGUGGCAACUACCGCGGCCGUGGCCGUGGACGUGGUUAUGGUCGUGGCCGUGGUGGCUACAACAACCGUGGCGGCUAUGGCGGUCGUGGCCGCGGCAAUCGUGCUACCUCGCAGGUUUAA